AUGGCGCUGACCCCGGACCCGGCGGCAGUAGGGGUCGCUGUGGUGAAGAUGAGGAACCCCCCAGUGAACAGCCUCAGCCUCGAGUUUCUGACAGAGCUGCUCAUUAGCCUGGAGAAACUGGAGAACGACAAGACCUUCCGAGGCAUCAUCAUCACGUCGGACUGCCCCGGGAUCUUCUCCGCUGGCCUGGACCUGUUGGAGAUGUACGGGCGGGACCCCGCGCACUACGCCGAGUACUGGAAGGCGGUGCAGGAGCUGUGGCUACGAGUCUACCUGUCCAGCCUGGUGGUGAUCAGUGCCAUCAAUGGCGUCAGCCCAGCCGGAGGCUGCCUGUUGUCCCUCUCCUGCGACUACCGGGUCCUGGCUAACAACCCCAAGUACGCCAUAGGGCUGAACGAGACUCUGCUGGGCAUCAUCGCCCCCUUCUGGUUCAAAGACAUGCUGGUGAACACCAUCGGGCACCGCGCCGCGGAGCGCGCCCUACAGCUGGGCUUGCUUUUCCCGCCUGCAGACGCCCUCCAGGUGGGCAUCGUGGACCAGGUCGUCCCUGAGGACCAGGUGCAGAGCACUUCACGGUCGGUAAUGGCCCAGUGGCUGGCCAUUCCAGACCACGCCCGACAGCUGACCAAGAACCUGGUGCGCAAGCCUACAGCCGACCGCCUGCUCCAGCAGCGUGAUGCGGACAUCCAGAACUUUGUCCGCUUCAUCUCCAGAGACUCCAUCCAGAAGUCCCUGCAUGUGUACUUAGAAAAGCUCAAAGAGAAGAAGGGCUAAGUGCUGGGCUGCCUCCAUGGGGCUGGGGCCGGAUGCGCCCUCCUGGGAGCCCUCUGAUUCCGAGGGGUUUUAAACAAGCCCCUUUCCAACAUAGAA